AACAAUUCCAGAAUUAAUUUCGGCUCGUGAAAACAGUACGUAGGCACGAAUAUCGCUACUAACUUGUUUAUUUUCCUUUUCCAUCUCCUACCGGCAUUCACAUUUUAUUGAAAAAUCCACUGUUUUAAUUUUUGAUGGAAGGAAUUUCUGUUUCCGGCAGGAAAUUCCUCGACGAAUGCUCUAAUUCGUGCGUGACACAGUGAAGUUAGAUCCCUAUGAUCACCUAGUCUUUUCUCGCCUGUAACCAAGAUUUAUAACUGAAAUUAUUUCCUCAACAUUAUCACAACUACGUUAUGUUUCACGACAAAGAAGACGAAGAUGCAGAACGUGAAGUAUCAGCUAAAGAACAAGUGUUCAAGAUCAUAAUAAUCGGCGACAGUGGCGUCGGAAAGACUUGCCUCGCUCAUCGAUUUUCCACGGGGAAAUUUCCUGAAAGGACAGAAGCAACAAUUGGGGUUGACUUCUGGGAGAGAUCGCUUACAAUAAACGGGUCGAGCGUUCGGGUGAGUUGAAAUGCUUAUUCCAGCAGGUCUUCUUGCGGUUCUUUGUGCUUGUGGAUUAAUUCCUUUUUAAAAUCUCUCACAUUUCACGUCUACUUCGUGUACUUGGAAUGUCGCGUCGUGAUUUCUGUCUUGUUCGGUGUUUCUCGAUAAAGUUUCAGGAUACAUGCAUGCAUUAACACAGGAAACAAUACACUUGGUGCAAUUACUCAUAAGACGUGAAUGGAUAGAUCUUGCAACAUGGAUCAACCAAUCAUUCUUAUAAAGCAUUAGAGAUGAGUAGCUUUCAAUAAUCCACUUUAAUAAUAAAUUGUUUAGAUUCCAAACCAACCAGAAGAACAUUAAAUAUGCUGCAUCAACAGCAAUAAUUGUUAUCAAGUGCCUUUCGAACUGAGAUUCACCCAGAUGGAAGGAUAGACAGCCGGCUUGAAUUAUUUGUGCUAAAAUUAAAGGUGCAUGGAAGAUCCUUAGCCAGGGGAGAUUUCACUGUUCCUCACCAUCCCAGAUUGUGCCAAUAUUCCACAAGGAAAUUGCUAGGUAUCUGUUGGUUCGAAAUUUGGUUCAGACUGACUCCAUCAAUAAGCAUAUCAUGACUACUACUUUAUAUCUUAUUCAAGAUUUUCUUUUGUUUCAUGAAUAUGGCUGUCAGUGCCUAUGGGCAAGAUGAAGCAAAUCUUGUGUUCUACUCUUGUGUUGCUACUCUCACCUACUUUUGGACAAUUUUGGCUAUGGAGUCAAAUAAAAUGGCAGAAGGGAAUCUAAACAAAGAAAAAAUAAACAAUUUUUGUGAGUUUAUUGUGCUAAAAAAAAACUGGCAUUUUCCGAGCACUUGAAAAUAAUCAAGUCAUUCUUGAUUCUUAAAACUUUUUGCUGUAUAAUAAAUUGUUUAUCAUCCAGUCAUCUUGACCUCAUGCUUGGUCAAUGAUAAAUGUGCAUUUUAUCCAUCCUGCAUCUCAGUUCACAAGCUUUUUUGGCUUUUUACAGCCUUGCAAGCACUCAUUUAUGGCCUUCUUAUGGCAAUUUUUCUAUAAUUUUUUAUCAUCAACAACUCUCUGGGACAUACAUUUCAUACUAAAAUGACUAAACUUUUAAUGUGAUUGGUUGUAGUUACAAAUAUGGGACACUGCUGGUCAAGAGAGAUUUCGUAAAAGCAUGGUUGUUCAUUACUACAGGAAUGUGAGUGCUGUUAUUUUCAUGUACGACAUCACAAGGGAAGGCUCAUUCAGGGCUUUAGAAACCUGGUUACAGGAAUAUGAUCAUUAUGGACUCACUGAAAUUGAUGGUGAGGGCUGCUCAGUUCCGAAACUUAUGAUUGGUAACAAAUGCGAUCUUAUUCAUGAGAGAACAAUCAAUUCAAACGAAGCAAGAAAGUUUGCUGAUCUUCACAAUAUGCCAAUGUGGGAAAUUUCAACCAAGAAUGAUGAAGAACUGGAGACAAUUGAGUCCAUCUUUAUAACUCUUGCUCACAAACUCGUUAAGUCCAAAACUUUUAUGGAUCGGCCACUUCGUUAUACAAGUGAAGAUUCCAAUAGCGAAAGCACCAAAUCAAAAACUAGAUCAGGAAGAUUCAGAGGUUCACAGAAGAGAAUUAAACUCAAGAAUCAGUCAAGAGAACACAGGAAAAAUUGUUGUGAAUCCACGUAAAUUGAGACUUUGAGUUAAGUUUGCUUUCAAGCUCUGAAGUUUGCAAUAGUUUUAGGUUGUAAAAAUUCAAUACUUGUGCUAUGAAGUGUCAAGCAGAAAAAAUAUUUCCUUUCAAUGUUCCAAAUUCAGGGUUCAUAUUCACAGUAACAUUGUUGUGGGGUUGUCUGUUUUUGUUAGCUGGGGUUAUAAUUAAAUUAUCUUAAGAUUUGCCUUUGGUUUCUAAGUAAAAAUUAUCUCAUUGUGACUGUGAAAUAAUAAGCAUUCACAGGCAAGUGAACCUAGAUCAUCAUUCACUGGUGAUUGACUGUUUAAUAAUUUGAAUGUUCAGUGUGAGCAUGAUUUAUGUCAAACCACAUGGUCCAGUUAAUUAAAAAGGCUUUCUUAGGUUACAGUUUGAGUCCAUUAUGGGAUCUCAAUAUUUCAAGUGUGGUGAAGGGGACUAUAUUAUGGGUCACUGAAGAACUCAAAUGUUUUAUUUAGCAAUAACUGUUAAGCUUCCUUUAAUUUUUUUCUCAAAAAUCCAUGUCUUUUUUUUUAACUCAAGAAUAAAAAUUCAAUGUUGUUCAGGCUGCUGAACCUUUUUGAAAUAACUGGCCCAAUAUUUCUCUUUGAUUGGUACACUGAAACAAGAACUUACCAUAAUUCUAUUACUACUUUGCGUUUAUCUUGAAAUCAAACUUCCAUCUUUUUUUUUAAUUAUGCCACCAAAAACAUUAGUUUACAGAUAAAAGGAAUAGUGCUAUUACGUGAAACAGAUAUACAAAUAAGCUGCAGGACAUGAUUUAGUAUUCAGUACACCAAUAGCACAAACAGUUUAAUUGAUUAACUUGUAAAUAACUCUCACAUUAGAUUUCAAAACAAGUUAUCAUUCCAGUGGAGAUUUACAGAUUAUGUUAAUUGUUUUACUAGAUAAUCUCCAAUAUGUCUUUGGAUAAUUCCCUAAAAGUAAGAAUUGUAUGCUUGAAACUGUAUGCUUUUAAUAGUAAAAUUAACCUAGAGAUAUUUAGUAAUUUCACCUCCCCCUACAAAAUCAAUAUAUUUUCUAGAAGUCAGUUGUGGAGAAUAAAGGAGAAUAUCAUGCAGGAGACAUAAUUUGAUUGAACACUGCAUUCUCAGUACUGACAUUAUAAGAAAUAUUUUCAGACAGGAGGGAGAAUUGAUGAAAGAGUUUUUGGGAUUUGAAAAAGUUAGCUGCUCCUUGCGUUAACAAAUUGUUGUUUGUUGGUAAUAAUAGCUUCAUCUUUAUAAGUAAUAUAUCACUUCCUAAUAUGAAGUAACUCAGGUAAUGCUAUGUUAUAUUUACAUUGUAGAUUUUAUACUUUUGGUGCUGUUCAAAAGUAUAAAUAACCAUCAACAAAGAUCAAAUAAAAAUUAUUGUCAAUAAUUACAUAUUUCAUAAAUGAAAUUUUAAAAGGAGUAACCAUGAGAGUUGAAUUAAAAGAUUAAAUCCAUUACAUAUGUAUCAUAGCUAUUUAGGAAAUUAUAAAUUUGUUUUAAUUAAAUGAUUUGCCAU